UAUAAUGUACAACAUAAUUAUGUUUAAAUAAUUUUAUCUUGUAGGAGAAGCAAGAAUACAUUAAUUUAUAAUUUCGUGUCACCAAUCGAUGGACCUACUUGGAAUGAAUACCGUAAUGCAUUUGUCGACACAAAUAAGAUGUACCCCUUAUAUGAUGCCAUAUAUUUUCCCUUUAUGGUUUACGUCCAACACAAAAUACCAUACAGAAUUUGCGUUUGGCUCGGACAUUUCCUUCCAGCUUUAAUUAUAGAUGCUAUAAGCAUCUGUAUAAAUCGUAGCCCAAGAAUGUGGAAGUUAUGUAAGAAAGUCGACAAAUUUUCCAACGCGAUUGAACCAUUUUGCACAAAUGAAUGGAGUUUUUCAACUGACAAUGUUCAAGCGAUGUGGAGUCGUUUGAGUGAGAAAGAUCAGAAAUUAUUUCAAUUCAGUAUGGUUGAAUUUGACUGGACAAAAUAUUUAUUUGAUCAUUAUAUGGGCAUUCGUCUCUAUCUUCUAAAUGAAGAUAACAGUACUUUAGAAAUUAGUCGUAUCAAGUAUAAAAGACUUUAUUGGAUACACCAAAUACUCAAAAUUGUUUUUGCCUUUGCCGUUCUUUGGAUUGUCUGGCUCGUAUUUACAAUUAUAUGUACAUAAUUUUUACACGUUUGUUUUAUAUGUAUGUUUUAUA